AUGGCAACAUCGUUAUCUCGACAAUGCUCCAUUGCGUCCUUGGUUCUGCUGCUACUGCUGUUGCUACCCAGCAACACUUGGUCUUUGGCAUCCAUUGCAAAGAAGCCCACUACUACUACUGCCACUACCACUACUACAGAAUCUUUGUUGUGGACGCCCGCCAAUAAUAAUAAUAAGGAAUUGGAACAACUGGAAUGGAAAUUACUCCGCCAAGUACGUCAAGUGGCCAAAGACUACGAAAUGCUGCAAGAUGGCGAUCACAUUAUGGUCUGUGUUUCGGGAGGCAAAGAUUCGGCAUCGCUGUUGGUAUUGUUGAUGAAACUGCAACAACACCUACAGACAAAAUUUCGAUUGACGGCCGUUCACGUCGAUCAAAAACAACCCGGCUAUAAUGGAACGUCGCUGGUAGAAUGGUUGCGGGAUGAUUUAAAGGUGGAUGAUUAUCGAAUUGUGGAAGAAGAUACCUAUUCCAUUGUCGUCAAUAAAACACAAGCCGACAAAUCGUUCUGCACACUCUGUUCGCGAUUGCGGCGCGGGAUUCUCUAUUCGACCGCACUCGAACUGGGAUGCAACAAAAUUGCACUGGGGCAUCAUGCCGAUGAUGCCCUCGAAACGUUGUUUUUAAAUAUGCUACAUGCCGGACAAAUCAAGGCCAUGCCGGCACGGUACACAUCCACGCGGGGAUCCUUGGCGGUAUUGCGACCCUUGAUUUCCUCCUUUGAAACUGAUUUGCAGACCUAUGCGACCCAACAACAAUUUCCGAUAUUACCCUGUAACCUCUGCUCGAAUCAAGCCGAUUUGCAACGACCGCAAAUCAAAUUGUUAUUGGCCACGUUGGAAUCGUCGUUUCGCAAUCCGCAAGCCAAACAGAAUUUAGUACGAUCGCUGGGCAAUAUUCGACCCAGUCACAUGUUGGAUCAAUCGUUGCGACAAGCGGUAGGAAUGGAUCCCAUUACCGGGGAAGAAGAAGAGGAAGGGGGAGAACAACAGGCUGUGUGA